AAGCUAAACCUAUUUCAUAAUUGUGUAUUUAAGCAAGAAGGAAGAGUUCGUAGCGUUGAGUUGAGUGAGUGCGAUAAACAACAAUGGCGGAGAGCGCGAAAAUGGAGGACCUUCAACUCACCUUAAAGCCUUUCUAUCAGAGAGCCGCAGAAGCAGAGGAGCGCUUAUCAAGACUAGAAGCUACCUUGAAUAAUAAAGAAGAUGCUAGAAAUGAGGAAAACACGAAAGUGAUUAAUGAUCUUCAGUCAAAGCUGAAAGCUGCAAAUGCAGAAAUUGUUUCGGAAAAAGAGAAGAUUCGAACGCUUACAGAAGAAAAUGCAAAACUUCAAUACCGAUUAAUUCAUCUCGCGAGAUCACUCAAGGAAGCUAAUUUAAAGUUAGAGCAAGCUACAGCGCACGAGCAGCUACAGAGAAUGAAAUUGUAGAGUUCUUGAGUUUACGAGCUGAGAUUGACAGAAGCUUUUUCUUUGAGUAUUUUGUUUUAUAGUUGAUAUUCGUGGCGAUGCUAAAUAUGUUUAAGCUUUAUUGAUUUUACAACUUAUAAAUCAGAUCAUUGUUUAGCUCAUACAUUAUGAUAGACAAAUUUCUUCCA